CGCAAAUGCCCGACGCGCCUUUAACGGAUAUAAACACGCGGCAACUAUAACUCCACUUUUCUAAUAACUUGUCAAACUGUAUAGAAACUUUAAAGUCAUGUUUGUGGCUGUGCUGGUUGGCGGUUUUUUGAUCUUAAGCCCGCAAGUUGACGCAAAAGGAGCGAUCUACUUGACGACUAAAAAUGGAACAUUUCCAAUAUCGGUGCCCGCAACGUCCCGUGAGGCGGCGUCGCAACACUCUCCCAAGAUUUUGUCCAGCGCUGAUAAAAACACUCCUGUACCCACCGGUUAUAGCGACCGUGACUACUGGGACACCAAUGACAAAAUCCUUUCCGAUUAUUUGAAUAUAACGUUCGGUGAAAUGGACACGCGCUAUACGUGGAAAAACAAAAGGAGUAUCAACGAUGCGGUUUCCAGAAAUAUCACGCUGGUCCUCGAGAACCUUUUGAAGAAUUAUGAGAACUCGCAACUCCCUACUCAUGGAAAAGGGUACCCUACAGUCGUGCAAACCAAUAUAUUGAUAAGGAGUAUGGGCCCGAUAUCAGAGCUUGAUAUGGACUAUUCAAUGGACUGCUACUUCAGGCAAUACUGGCGCGACACCCGACUCUCCUUCCUCGGACCCAUUCGCUCGCUGUCACUAUCCAUCAAGAUGCUCGAGCGGAUCUGGCGGCCAGACACCUACUUCUACAACGGCAAACAUUCCUAUGUGCACACUAUAACUGUGCCGAACAAGCUGUUAAGGAUCAGUCAGCAUGGUGAUAUAUUGUACUCAAUGAGGUUGACUAUUAAAGCUAAAUGCCCCAUGGAGCUUCGGAAUUUUCCAAUGGAUCGCCAGUCCUGCCCACUUAUACUUGGUAGUUAUGCGUACUCCAACCAGCAACUGGUGUACCAGUGGCAGAACUCGCAAAGCGUCAACUUUGUCCCGGGAAUGACGCUGUCCCAGUUCGACCUAAUCAGCUUCCCUUACCGAAACUUCACCUUCACGAGGAGAGAAGGAGAUUUUUCCGUGCUUCAAGUAUCGUUCAACCUGCAGCGACACACUGGGUACUUCCUCAUACAAGUAUACGUACCGUGCAUCCUCAUCGUAGUCCUCUCCUGGGUAUCCUUUUGGAUACACCGCGAGGCAACAUCGGAUCGCGUGGGCUUGGGGAUCACAACCGUGCUGACUCUGUCCACCAUAAGUCUGGACUCUCGAACUGAUCUGCCCAAGGUGCGUUACGCGACGGCGCUGGAUUGGUUUCUACUCAUGAGCUUCUUCUACUGCAUCGCCACUCUUCUAGAAUUUGCUGGCGUCCAUUACUUUACCAAGGUCGGUUCUGGCGAGAUAGUGAUAGACGACGCGGAAUGGGAAGAGCUAAUUGAGGAGGUGGGAGGCGACGCGUUUGCCGCGCGACAACUCGCCGCUCGCCGCCGGAGUUCCGCCAGAUCCGCUGCCAACUACAGUUUCUCGCUGCCGCAAGAAAGCAACAGUCCCGCGGAAGCCGGCUCUGAGCCCGUGGUUCGACUGACCAUGGAACGCACCACACAGACGGAGUCGCGCGUGCCGGGCUGGCGGCAGCUGCUGUACUGUCUCGCCGGGGACGACCUUUACCGGAGGAAGCGUCAGGUCGAAGCUGGAAUGCGUGGCCACAUCAACAGCGUGUCGCACAUCGACCGCGCCGCCCGCGUUCUCUUCCCGGCUUCGUUUGCGCUUCUCAACCUCUUCUACUGGCUAGUAUACGUGUUCUCCGCCACUGAUUUCGCCUGGAGUGACAAUCCCAUGAACUCGCUGUCUCAUUAAAAAUAAAGGGGAUGACAUCACGUGACCGCCUUUCCACAUUUUCCUCUCUCUCUCUCUCUCUCUCUCAGUGUUGAAAAUCAUUGUAAGUGGUCAGUAGUUAGGUAGUGGUAGGUACUAGGUUAAUUAACCAACAAGAAAGAAGUACCUACCUAGGCGUUUCGCGAAACUACCUAAAAGUAGGUAAGUUUGUACCUAACACGGGUGUUUGACCAAAAUCGCACCAAAUCCAGUCGUAAGCGUCUUAGACCAAACCUGUUUUGCCCGAUCGCGCUGGGAAUACAUAACUAAUUUAGAACAGAACAGUCUAAGAAGUAGGUGCAUAAAUAAUUAAAUGAUAUAUAAUGUAAGGUGUAGGUGCAUGGUGUAUUCACUAGGUAUUCGGGUAAUUUCGGAAAUUCUGGCUAAUCCAGAAAAUCAUUUUCCGUUCUCAUAUUCCGUGAUAAUGAAUAAUGAAUUGUCCGCCACUUUUUAGUAUUUUUUUUUUCUCGGAAUUAUCUGAAUACAUAUAUA